AUGCACUUUACUUCUCUCGCCGCAUUUGCGCUUCUCUCGCUCGCCGGAGUUCAGGCCCAGAGCUGGCCAGCUGGUCCCCCCACCACCGCGGGCCUCCGGGAGAGCGAGGCGCUAGUGUCGAGCUUUUGCUCCGGUCCGCCCAAAGGCAAAGAAAUGGCAUACGCCUGCUUCAAGAUCAACGGCGACAUUCGCAAGCACAUGUUCAGUCCCAAGAACGUGAUCGGCUAUUACAACAGGGCGGGUGACACGUUUGUGAUUCUGCAGCAGCCUGGUGAACAGUCCUUCAGCACCGAGAUCGACCUAGUCACCAUCAACGCGCCCCUCAAGCCCCGCUGCCUCGACGUUUUGAUCGAAUGGAGCACGCCUAUUACGAAGAAUGAGGCCAGGAUUGACUCCUCUUACCCGAAUGCUUGCCCAGGCUCAGCUCCGAUUCAGCUCCACAUUAAGUGA